AUGUCGGCUGGAGCUGGAGAUGGUGUUGGGCUGCACGAAGUCGAGGCGCUCUCUCUGUCUGGCCAGCCCCUGACGAUCCGCGCCUCGGCCAUCGCCGACCUGGCCAAGAAUCUCCGCGGGUCGAUCCUCACGCCGCGAUGCUCUGGUUACGAUGAAGCUCGCCGCGUCUGGAACGCGAUGAUCGACCGGUACCCCGCGCUGAUCGCCCGCUGCACCGGCACCGCUGAUGUCGUCACUGCGGUCAACUUCGCGAGGCACGAGGGGAUCCUGACGUGCGUUCGGUCGGGCGGUCACAGCCAGAGCGGCAGCUGCAUGCUCGAUGGUGCCUUUGUCGUGGACUUGAUGGCGAUGAGGGCCGUGAGGGUGGAUCCCGUUGCCCGCGCGGUGUGGGCGCAGCCCGGCGCCACGCUUGGGGACAUUGACCACGAAACGACCGCGUUUGAUCUGGCGGUGCCGGCUGGGCGGCAAUCGACCACGGGGAUCGGCGGACUGGCGCUGAAUGGUGGAAUGGGGUAUCUGAGCAGGUCGUGCGGCCUGACCGUGGACAACCUGCGAUCCGCCGACGUGGUUUUGGCUGACGGGUCGUUCGUGAGGGCGAGCCAGGACUCGAAUGCCGACUUGUUCUGGGCGGUGCGCGGCGCGGGCGGCAAUUACGGCGUCGUCACUUCCUUUGAGUUCGACGCCCACCCGGUCAAAGACAUCUUCGGCGGGAUCAUAACUUUUCCCCGCCAAGACGGCGCCGAUCUCUGCCGCCUCUUUCGCCGCGUGAUGGCAGACGCGCCGGACGAAUUGGACAUGUCGUUCGGGCUGAUGGCCCUUCCGGACGGCACGCCGGUGUCGGCGGUGCUGGCGUGCUACCGCGGGCCAAGGGAGGAUGCGGAGGCGCUGCUGCGGCCGGUGAGGGAGUGGCGGAGGCCCCUGGCGGACCACAUGGGAGUCAAGAGCUUCCGGGAGGUGCAGGCGCUGUUCGACGACCUGGGGUGGGGCAAGCCGACGUACUGGAAGUCCAGCAUGGCGGAGGAGAUCGCUGACGGCGCCAUCGACGUGCUGGUCGCCCAGGCGGAAAAAAUGGAGUCUCCCAUGUCUAUCGUGCUCAUCGAAUGCAGCGGAGGGGCUGUGGCGCGAGUAGAAGAGACGGCCACGCCUUAUCCUCACAGAAGCGCCCGGUACUCGCUGGUGGCCUCUGCCAGAUGGGAAAGGUCGGAGCCGGAGGAGGACGCGCGCCAUGUGGGUUGGGCCAAGGAGACCCACGCCCUGCUGCAACCGCACGCGCAGAAGAGGGUGUACCUGGGAUUCGUGAGCGACGACGGGGGCGACAGGCUGCGCGAGACGUACGGGUGCAACUACGACAGGCUGGUGGAGAUAAAGGCGAAGUACGACCCUGCCAACAUGUUUCGCAACGCGGCCAACAUCAAGCCCAAGGCGUAG